UAAAUUACAACUCUGUUCGCUAUGUACUAAAAACAUAAACAAGUACUAAAACAAAUACAACCCUGUACACAACUCAAAUUUAUUUUCCAACGUCUGCCGUGAAAGUGCAUUUUCAACAAUACUUUCUUAUUAAUUGCCAGAAAAAUUAUAAAAAUUUAAAAUAUACCUUUGAAUACAAAAAAUUAGUGAAAUAAUAUAAUUAAGAAAUAUGAAAAAAUAAAAUUCUUAACAUUUACGCGAAAAAAAACAAUUGUUAACGAAAUAAAAUUAGUAAGCGUGUGUGUGUGUGAGUUUAUUCUUCUUGAACUAAAAAAGUCGCGGGUUUUAUUUUCGUUUUAAAUGGAGGAACGUGAGACACUAUUGCUCGAGGAGAGUUAUUGCAGUAAAGUGGGCAAUAAUACAACGACCGAUGCUUUGGACAAGGAUGAUUCGGAUGUGUUGCAUAAUAAUCAACCGAUUGAAUAUAAAACACCCAAGAAAUCAUCGAUAUUAAUUGAUGGCGAACGUUUGUUGGAUAAAAUAAAUAUUUUGACAACAAAACCAGAAAAUACUUCAACAUGUACCAAACUACCAACUAUAAAAGAUUUUGUAAUUAUUAAACCCAUAAGUCGUGGUGCAUUUGGUAAAGUAUUUUUGGGCUAUAAAAAUAAUGAUCCCAAUAAAUUAUUCGCCAUCAAAGUUAUGCGUAAAUCAGAGAUGAUCAAUAAAAAUAUGGUCUCACAAGUGAUAACAGAACGUAAUGCAUUGGCUCUAUCUAGAAGUCCAUUUUGUGUUAGUCUCUUCUAUUCUCUGCAAUCAGUAUCGUAUGUAUAUUUAGUUAUGGAAUAUAUGGUGGGUGGUGAUUUAAAAUCCCUAUUAGCCAUGUAUGGUUAUUUUGAUGAAGCAGCAGCACGUUUUUAUGUGGCUGAAGUGGCGUUAGCAUUGCAAUAUUUACAUGAACAUGGUAUUAUUCAUCGUGAUAUAAAACCCGAUAAUAUGUUGAUAUCGGCAACGGGUCAUGUUAAAUUAACUGAUUUCGGCUUGAGUAAAAUCGAAAUGAGAAGAGGGGAAAGAGACUUGGAAAUAUCUGAUCUCAUAAAUUGCUCUCCUAAUCUAAAUGCCCGAACACCUGGUCAAUUAUUGUCAUUGACAUCACAUUUAUCAUUUGGUUCGGAAAGAAAAUUAGAAUGUGGAACCGGAACUUCGAAUUUUAUAAAUGCCAUUAACAAACAUAACAUAAUGGAAUCUUCUGAUAGUGAAGCCGACACUUCUCUAAACGAUGCAGAAAAAACAGAUGAUAGUAAAAUAUCUGGAGUUUCCCCUUUCUUUUCAGCUGAAGAAAUAAAUGUUUCAAUAGCUCAUACGUGUAAUAACAACAAUAAUAAUUUAAUGGAUAGUUCAUCAUCCUAUCAUACUUGUGCCUCUGUGGAUGUAAGUAAACUAUCACCACCUCUAGAUCCAGCUUUAUGUAAUAAUAAUAAUAAUAAAAUAUUAACUCAGCGACGUGUUGAGUUUGCUGAAAAUAAUAAUUUAGCCAUUGAUGCUAAAAGUUUUUGUAAUGGUUGCAAAUAUGAUAGUAAUACUAAGGGUUAUGAUAAAGAAAACAUCUGUAAUAAGAAUUUAGUUAAAGUGGAAAAUGCUGACGAUACUUCGUUUGAAUUUUCUAUGAUGCGUCGUCGUUCCAUUGAUGAGCGCAUACGUUCUUCCAAAGGACAAGAGGACUCUGGUGUUUCAAGUCGUAAAAGUGAUUGUUCUAAUUCAAAUAUAAAUAGUGAAACUACUUCGUCUUCUAUUGAUAAAGUCGAAAAUUUGUGCAAUUCUAGAGAUGAAUACAGUUGUUCGGAUUAUUCAAAAAGCUAUAAUAUAAACAACACAAACGAAAUAAGCGGAAUACGUAUGCAUUCGCCAUUUCGCAAUAUAUCAAGGAAUUUUAAACGACCAGAAUUUCAAAGCUCUUUUAGAGGCAUGAAACGUAAAAUAAAUUUAAUAAAUCGUUCGGAAAAUAAUUCAAUUUAUGAUGCAGAUGGUUAUAGUAAUGGCUCUGGUAGCACAGGUUUAACACAAGAAAUUGAUAUUUUGGAUAUUGGAUCGAGCACACCGAAAAAACGUAAAGCCAAAUCACCCAUAAGAGGUGUAUUGAAAGUACGUUCUCUUUCCGAUGAUGAAAUGCCACAAUUGAUUAAUGAAAAUGUGGCUAAUGUGGUCUUUUCAACACCGGUCUCUUCACAAAAAUUGCCCAGACGUGAUGGUGGUCUUUUGGGCAAAUUAAAGGCGACACGUUUUGCAUUACCACUUUCCAUCGAGACUAAGAAACGUGAACAGGCAGCAGAUAAAACAUCAGGUGUGCAAUAUUUAAAAAUGGCUCAUGAUGAUCCCACCAUGUCACCCAUUAAUUUAAAUACUAAUUCGGCGCCAAAAACACCGAAAAAUAUUAAUACACCAUUUCGUACACCGAAAUCGGUGAGAAGAGGUGGUCGUCAGUCGAGUGAACGUAUUUUAGGAACUCCAGAUUAUUUAGCUCCAGAGUUAUUGUUAAAACAAGGUCAUGGUCCUGCUGUAGAUUGGUGGGCAUUGGGUGUAUGUUUUUAUGAAUUUUUAACGGGUAUACCACCAUUUAAUGAUGAAACGCCCCAAAAAGUAUUUGACAACAUUCUUAACAAAAAUAUUGAAUGGCCAGAAGGGGAUGAAGCUUUAUCACCAGAUGCCGUCGAAGCAGUCGAACUGUUACUUACAAUGGAUCCCAGCGAAAGACCGGCCGCUAAAGAGGUACAACAAAUGCCAUUCUUUGAAUGCAUUGACUGGGAACACUUAGAAACGGAAGAACCACCAUUUGUGCCAAAUCCUGAAAAUCCUACAGACACUGCAUACUUUGAGGCGCGCAAUAAUAUGCAACAUUUAAAAUUAUCAAAUUUUGCUCUUGAAGACUAAAAGUAACAACACAAUUAUAAUUAUAUUCACUCGCUCUAAUUUUUUCUCAUUAGCAAAUGUGCUAAAAACUAUGCAUUGUGAUAAGUAGAAUUAUAUAAUAGAUGUUUUUUAUUAUUUUUAUUA